CGGAGUCACUCACCAUUUUGCUUCUUUCCCCUUUGGUUCCGCCAUCAAGCAAGUCUGAAUCCCACUGUCUCAAGGAGCUCCUAGAGAGAGGAUCCUAUCAUCAGUAGGCAAUGGAUGAGUUAGAUGCUUUGUUGGCAGAAUUGGAACUAACCUCGGAGAGUUUGAGUGAAGUUGACGCAACCCCCCCAAAGGUUUGCUUUCUUCUGGAACAUGACAACAAGGAUAAACGAGCAUCAACGGUAUCACAGACCCAUGUUGAGCAGAACAAGAAACUGAUUACCCCAGAAACCAAAAAGGUGCAACCAGCACUGAACAGUCAAUGUCAUGGAGAAGAUGCAGGCAACAUAUACAGCAAGGUGCCAGCUCCACGGCCCUUGGUCUCUUCAUCUUCUUCCACCUCAGCGGCUGAGCAGCUGGAUGACCUGCUGGCUUGCUUGGGAGCAAUGCAGUCCAAGGUGAAUCACGAAGGUCCUGCAGAGCCAUCACCAGGGGAACAGGAUACCACUGACACCCUAGACGGCAUGUUGGAAGGCCUGACUCAGGGACUGCAGGACCUUGGUGUUGCUGCUGUGCCAAAGGGCAGCUGUGCUUCCUGCCACAAACCGAUUGCUGGGAAGGUGGUCACAGCACUGGGACAAACAUGGCACCCAGAACACUUCACGUGUGCCCACUGUAGGAAAGAAAUGGGUGCCCGACCCUUCUUUGAACGGGACAGCAAGGCCUAUUGUCAGGAAGAUUAUCAUCAGCUCUUCUCCCCUCACUGUGCUUAUUGUACUGCACCAAUUAAAGAGAAAGUUCUUACAGCCAUGGAUCAGACUUGGCACCCAGAGCAUUUCUUUUGUGCCCACUGUGGGAAGAUGUUUGGGAAUGAUGGUUUCCAUGAAAAGGAUGGGAAACCAUACUGCCGGAGAGAUUAUUUGACCCUUUUCUCUCUCAAAUGCAAAGGCUGUGACCGGCCAGUGAUGGAUCAGUACCUGUCGGCCCUGAAUGCUGUCUGGCAUCCUGAGUGCUUUGUGUGUGGGGACUGUCUCUGCAGCUUCUCCAAUGGUGCCUUCUUUGAAUUAGAUGGGUGGCCCUACUGUGAGCUUCACUUUCACCAUCAUCAGGGGACAGUGUGCCAUGGAUGUGGGAAGCCCAUUGUUGGGCGUUGUGUCAGUGCCAUGGGGCACAGGUUUCACCCAGAGCACUUUGUUUGUGCCUUUUGCCUUACCCAACUGCACAAAGGCAUCUUUCAGGAGCAAAAUGACAAAGCCUAUUGUCACGCUUGCUUCAACAAACUCUUUGUUUGA